AUGGAGACUGUCGCUGGCCCCGAUCAAUGCAUCGGCAGUCACAUUGCCAACCACUCUGGCCCGACGCCUACUGUCAACACUCGCUCAUUUUUUAAGCGUCGGGAGUCGCAUUUCGACCGUCCUCGUCGCUGCUCGAUACUUUCGAUGACAAUCUGCCAGACUCUUUUACUCUGCUUGAUUAUUCUCUGUCUGUCGCCACAAUCAGCGCUCGCCCAAACUACCGUGGGUAUCUCGAAUUCUUCAAGUAGCCUGGGAUCGGCAAGCGCACCAGCACCAUGUGGAGAGAUCAGCACGGACGUUCCCGCUACUGAAGCCUUGUUGGUAUCGAUCGCUGAACAUGCACAGCUUCACGAACACAAGAAGCACGUCGAUGGGACAGAACCAAUCUACACGGCGGAAAAUGGGGUGUUACUUCUGAAACGGAGUCCAUCGUCUGCAGACAAUUCCUCCUCUUACCCUGAUGUACCCACCGCAUUUGAUACCCUGUCCAACAAUUUCGCCAACGCUAGUUGCGUCUCAUUCUUCAACCAAUUCCGCUCCAAUUCGACAUUCACGGACUGUUUGGCCGUCUCCCUCCUUCUCGGGAAUUCCAAUUCCUUCUUUCACGUCCUCACCUCGGCUGUUGAUACAUCUCAUGUUCUCGACGCAGCGUGCGCACAGCCAGUCGACAAAUGUGCCUCGGUCUUGACCUCCUUAGCCAAACAACUCCUGCACGACGAUCACUGCGCGCAAGACUAUAACUCAGGCAAUGCCGUCGUACAAAGUGUCUACCAAGAAUUGAUCGCCUACGAACCUGUGUACCACGUCUCUUGCUUGACCGACCCAGCCACCAAAAGUUACUGCUUCGUCGAUGCGGUGACCAAUACAUCAGCGCCCAAUAAUUAUAACGUUUAUUUCGUACCUAUCGGCAGCACUUUGACUGCGUCCGGUCCGAUCACCUGCAACAAGUGCCUCAAGGAUACGUUCGAUGUGUAUGCGCAGUGGGCUACGGUGAACGGCCAGUCCCUGGACACGACUUACGUUCCCUCUGCCAUCCUCAUCAAUAAUUACUGUGGCGCCGGAUUCGCAAACACAAAUGUCACAGUCGGCGCUCUAAAAGCCACCGCCGCCGGAGCUGGACAGGCACUUCAGCCGCCGGAUUCCCGGCUCCUUGUCUCAUUCGCUGCUGUGCUCAUUGGCAUCGCAAUUUCGGGGUCAUUUUAG